AUUGGUAUUCUUCUUCGUUAUAAUGCAAGAACCGCGUAAAUUCACUUGACCGUUGAAAUUUAAAUUGAAUUGCUGCAAGCAAAAUCCAGUUCAAGCUAAUCUUUCAUUCAAUAUCUCCUCCAUGAAUUCAUUAUCCAUCUGAUAAACUGCUGCUCUUCAUGGAGCAACCACACUCCAAUGCUCGCGAAGCUCCCCACUCUAAUUUCCCGCGCCCUGCUGGAGCUUAGAUCACCCACAACCCUUAGCUUUCUGAAGCAAAUCCAUGCUGUUCUCAUCACCGCUAGCUUCUGCUGCGAUGCCAAAGUCCUCGGCAGAAUCCUCCGUUCCGCCGCCCUUUCUCUUCCCGGCGACAUCAACUACGCCUCUCUUCUCUUUCAUCGAAUCGAAUGCCCAGACAUCUCGCUUUGGAAUAACAUGAUCCAAGGGUACUCCUUGCGCUGCCAGUACGAUGCAGCCGUCUCUCAAUUCAUUGAAAUGCUCCAAAAUGGUUUGACUCCCAACGAACACACUUUCCCUGUUCUUCUUAAAUCCCUCUCGAACUCUGGUUCUGCAAAUCCAAUACAGAUCCACGCCCAGAUUUUCAAACUCGGGCUGGAAGCUGAUUCUUUUGUGCAGAAUUCCCUUCUAUGGUGCUAUGUGAAAGGUUGCUUCUUAGAUUCAGCUCGCAAGCUGUUUGAUGAAAUGCCACAGAGGGACGCCAUCUCUUGGAAUGCUAUGGUUCAAGUGCAUGUAAAGAAUCAUUUCCCGGAGCUAGGUCUGGAUUACUUCAUCGAGAUGAGAUCUUCAUGUGCUGUAAUUGAUGAGAUGAUAAUUGUUAGUGUACUUAAUGGCAGCUCAAUGGAUGGUAAUAUUUGGCUUGGGAGAAGCAUUCAAGCCUUUUAUGUAGAAUCUGGGAGGGUGAAAAGAGACGUUUUUGUUGGCUCUGCACUUGUAGACAUGUAUAUGAAGUGCGGCUGCUGCUUUGAUGCAAGAAAAGCAUUUGAUGAAAUGCCGUUUAGAAAUGUGGUUUCUUGGACCUCUUUGAUUUCUGGCUAUGUCCAGUGCAACAGAUUCAAGGAAGCUUUGUCUAUCUUCCGCAGCAUGCUUGUCGAUGGACCUAAUCCAAAUCAACUUACUCUCUCAAGCAUUUUCAUUGCCUGUGCUCAUCUGGGAGCACUGGAACAGGGAAGAUGGGUUCAUAGCUACGUGGAUAGAAUUGGCAUGGAAUUGAACUCUGUUGUCGGAAGUGCAUUGAUCGAUAUGUACGCAAAGUGUGGACAAAUCGAUGACGCUUUCUCCGUAUUUCAUAGAUUGCCAAACAAAGAUGUAUACUCUUGGACUGCCUUGAUUAAUGGAUUGGCAUUGCAUGGACUUGGCAUAGAGUGUCUUCAUCUCUUCUCUCAAAUGCUGCAGCAAGGAGUUAAGCCCAACGAUAUUACUUUCUUAGGUGUUCUUGGUGCUUGUUGUCAUGGUGGACUUGUACAUGAAGGUAAAAUAUACUUUGAUAGAAUGCUAAAAGUGUAUGGAAUAAAGCCAAAGUUAGAGCAUUAUGGUUGUAUGGUGGAUCUUUUAGGUAGAGCUGGGCAUUUGGAAGAGGCACUUUGUUUCAUAGAAAGCAUGCCCAAGGAGCCAAGUAUUAGUAUUUGGGGAGCUUUGUUUGGUGCCUGUAUGAUUCAUAGAGAUUUUGUUUUGGGUGAGAAGGUGGGGAAGCAUAUAGUUGCAAUGAAACCAGAGCAGAGCAGUGGAUACUUGCUUUUGGCAAGCUUGUAUUCUGUGUCGAAGAGGUGGAAGGAAGCUGCGAGGAUGAGGAUGGCGAUGAGGGUGAGGAAGGUGGAGAAAGUUGCAGGAUGCAGUUGGCUGGAGCUGAAUGGUGUAUUGCAUGAGUUUCUUGCCUCUGAUGGAUCUCAUGCUCAAGCAGAGGGCAUAUAUGAAACUUUACUUGGAAUAACCUUGCUGAUGAAUUUGGAAGAGUAUGGUUCAGGAGAUGAUACUUUGUGCUUGUUGGGAUGGGAAAUGGGAUGGCAAAGUGACUAUCUUGUUCCUUGAGAGCUUGAUUCAUAAACACGUGGAAGUGUUUACUGAAGUAGUUGAUUUGUGGAAACUAUAAUUGAGUGGACAUUUAGAGGAAUUCAUCUAUGUAUGAUUUAUAUUCAAGAUUUGUUAAAUAAAGAUUGGGAAGGAAAGUUUGAUUUUGUUGA